AUGCUCGGCGCCGUAAUAGGAGGUCUCAACUUCCUUAUCCUCGGCAAACUGGCACCCUAUCCAGUUGCCCAAGCGGUUGUGUUUUUCCCGAUUUUGUAUACCUUCGCUCUUAUCAAGACGAAAAAUCCGAAAUACCUCAUCUUGUCGCUGAUUUGCAUUUCUAUGAGCUGGAAUGGCGUCUAUAACUCUACCUUGAGUCCCAAUCGGCAAUACUCCCACAAAUUAUUGGAAAGCUAUCUCCAAACUUAUGCCUGGGCUGGUGCCAUAGUCGUUUUCGUCAACGUAUUCAUACUUCCUCAUUCCAGUGAAGCAGAACUCCGGACAACCCUCGUCCACUCCAUCGACCAUAUCAGAACACUUUCCUUCUUAAUUAAAAAGACCUAUUGGUGCACGAUCACGGAUGAGGAAUCCAAAGUUCGGGAUAACUUGGUUCAAUCCAUUCGAGCCGAUUUCCAUGUCCUGCAAGCCAAAUUAAACCGAACGUUCUUAGGAAUCACUUAUUCGAAAUGGUCAGGGGACGACUACAAGAAAAUGGUACAACUCACCAAAUCGAUGCAACAAUCCUUGAUCUCCACACAUUCCAACUUGAGCAAUAUGAAACAAUCUGAAGCAAGGAUCUUUAUUGACCAAGUCACGGCAACUGGAUACGUGAAUUCGGAUCUGCUACGCAAGUAUGUCUACGUCGGUCUCACGGAAGUCCAGAAAGAGCUAGCCUUAGGGUCCGAAUCAGCCCCGUUUGUGCGUGCGGAGAUGGAAUUGCUGAAAGAUAUCAAUCUAGAACGCCUUUCAAAAACCGAACCACAGCCACUACUACGAUCUAGCCCUCGAGCACAUGUGAGAGGCAAUUCCUCCGGUAGAAAUCCGGGUGGUCAAGAAGCUGCCUCUCAACUAACCGAUAUGCAAAACCAAAUCGCGCUCGAGAUAUCGGAACAGUCAUCUGGAACGACUGAUCCAUCCCGACAAUCUCCCGCAGAUCUGGAAAACACUCUUCCGAACUGCUAUUCACCCAACAGUUAUGACUUUACCGCGCUCGCCUAUCAAACUACACCAGCGAGUCUCCUGGACAGGGCGCAGUCGGCCCAAGUGAACUUCUCGAUUCGUCAACACUGGAAUAACUCGCAAAUGCACCAACACGAGGUUAUCGGGCAGAUCUAUCAAUCAGGAAAGGUCUACCAUCCACAAGAACCAUUACUCGUCGAAUCGAUCACUACCUCAUUCCGAAGGGACUUCUUAGAAAACAGGCCUUAUAAUGAUAACGGAAGACAACAUUUAGAGAUAAUCAGUACUGCAUAUAGGCGCUCUUCUCUCCUUCAACCCAUCUUGUCUCCAGCUGAUGGUGUCUCGCGAGAUCCAUCUCACGAUGAGUCUCCCGAAACAACUGGAUCAUUCGAAAAAACACAGCUGAAUGAGUAUAACAAUGACGAGCUGCAGCGCUCCUUACUGAGGACAUUCUCUCAUUCAUUCAUCAUGGGUAUGUUUCUCGAGGACCUUAUCGAGUUGAGGGAGUUUGUCAUGGGGACACGGGGCGAUGAGCAGCCACGUCGCAAGAAGUUUCAUACCACUUUCUGGUUGCCCCUGAAAGCGCGUCUAGGCUUCCGGACCCAUCGUCACUCAGAACAUGAAUCCCGAUCCUCGACUGAUCACAGCGCAGAGGAAGAAAUGACGAUGCGAGAAGCCCUCGAAACGCUGAAGGGCAAUCAAUACGUGCCCAACAAGAUGUCUCUCCUUGAACGCGUCCUUCUGAUUGAAAAGUUCUUGAGAAGUCCUGAUAGUAUUUGUGCAUUCAAGGUGGCAUGUGCUGUCACUACGCUUGCGGUACUGUAUUGGUGCAAUUCGACGCGUGACUUCGCACAGAAAUACAACCUCAACACGGCCAUUAUCACUCUAGUCGUUGCUAUCACUCCUACCCUAGGGCAGAGCUGGUUAAGCUUCAUGUUGCAGAUCAGCGGACAAGGACUGGGACUGCUGUAUGGAAUGAUAGCGUUAGAACUGUUCAAAAACGUCGGAGGUUACAGGUACAAUCCGUAUGGGAUCAUUGCAGCGAUGGCUUUGUUUGCAGUGCCGAUGAAUGUGGUGCUCUAUACGAACCCGAAAUUGUUUGUGAUGUCCCUGCUGGCGAUGAACUCGGCCGGAACACUGGUGUAUCCGCUCUAUUUGAACCAGAACGUGCCGUUCGAUUCACCAGUUUACCGGAUGGGCAAAAGCCUCACUUCGCUAGCAAUCGCCAUAGCCAUCGUGAGCUUCUUCCAGCUCUUUGUCGUGCGCAAUCCGGCUCGACGGACUCUGAGGAAGGCGAUGGCUAAGGUGAUGAAGGCCAACACCGCAUAUACCGUCAUCUUGCAGGCUUACGUUUCAUCUACCAUCCCAACCGAUCCUAGUCAUCGAUCAUCACCGAAAGUGAUCCAGAGGGUCGCAAAGGAUCUAAUGAAGCGAGAGGCUCGAAUACAAGCUGACAUCACCGCAUUGAUGCCGUUGAUGAACUUUGCAAGUGUCGAGCCCGCCUUUGGUAAGCCUUUUAAUGCCGCUGAAUAUUUGAAAAUUGCCCGAGCUAACCAGCUAAUUUUGGAUCGGAAUCGUGAUGCUCGGAUCGCGAUCGGAACAAGACCAUUGCCGACAAGGAUCUUGACCGAGUUUGUCGAAAAGCUAGCACCUUAUCGCCGUGCAUCCCUGUCCCGUAUCAAGACCUCCUUGUAUCUCUGUACAUCCACUCUUCAAUCCAAGUUCCCUUUACCCGAAAAUAUCAGCUCCUCGGGCAACCAGGAAUUCGGCCAGGAAAUCUUACACGACGCCUUGGUUUUGGCUUGUCGAUUGGCCACUUCACCGGAUGGCUUACAGCUGGUCAAAAGCAAAGAACUGACCCGGUAUUGGUUGUAUCUGUCUAGCAUUAAUAGCGGGUUCGCACAACUCGAAUGUAUCCAAGAAUCUGCUAAAAAGAUCUUUGGCAGGCUCGAGGAUGAGACAUUCAAUUAUUACAAAGAAGUUUCUUAGAUCUUCAUCUUCAUUAAUCAUCUCAAUCAAUUCUAAUUCGUCUUUCUUUUCGGCUCUUCAUACAUCGUUUAUUCUCAUUGGGGUUUUUUUUUUCUUUGCUACGCUAGAAUUACCCCGAUUCUUCUUCUUAUUUCUUCCUUGUGGACGGGGGCUUCAUUGACAUUGUUGUUCCAAAUCAUUUUUAUCUUUUUUUAUUUACUCUCUGCAACAUUGGGCUGCAAAAAAUAGCAUAUAUUACUUUAAUGAAGGGCAUGUUUGA